AAAUUAAACCUGAAGGGAGGAAAUAAGGAUCAGAGCAGAAAUGAUGAAACAGAAUAGGGAGAAAAAAAUGAAACUGCAAGUUGGUUCUUUGAAAAUAUCAACCAAAUUCUUGAUCAGCAAAUCUGUAGGUAGACUGAACUGACCAAAAAACAAACAAAACUCACUGAAUUACUAAAACAGGAAUGAAAGAGAUAUUGCUACUUGCUAAUCUUAAAAAAUAAACCAGAAUAUAAAGGAAUACUAUGAGCAACUAUAUGACAACAAAUUAGAUACAACUUAGAUGAAACGGACACAUUCUUAGGAAGAUACAAAUAAAAAAAUUAAAUCUGACUCAGAAGAAAUAGAAAAUAUGGAUAGACCUACAGCAAGUAAAGAAGUUGAGCUACUACUCAAAAAGCUACCCGCAAAGAAGUGAAUUCUACAAAACACUUUAAAGAAUGCCAGUUCUUUUUAAAAUUUAAAACUUUUAAAUUUUAAAUUAUAGGUACAUAAUAGUUAUGCCUGUAUCAAAAGGCUAUCGAUUAUUUACACACUCUUCUGAAAAAAUAGAAGAAAAUAGAAGACCCUAGUACCAAAACUGGACAAAGACAUAGAUGAAAAAUUAUACAAGCUACAGAGAGAUUUCCCUUAUAAAUAUAGAUGUAAAACUUGUGAGCAAAAUACUAGAAACCGAGUGAAGCAAUAUAGAUAAAGGACUAUACAUCAUGACCAUGAGGCAUUCAUUUCAGGAAUACAAGGUUGGUUUAAUAUGAAAAUCAAAUUAUAUAAUGCCUCAUACCAAUUAAGGAAAAAAGAAACCACAUUAUAAUCUCAGAUGCAGAAAAAGCAUUUGAUAAAAUCCAAUAACCCUUCAUUUUAUACACACCCCCCCACACACCCCACUCAGAAAUUUGGAAUAAAAUAAAACUUCAACAACUAAUAAGGUGGAUCUACAAAAAACACACAGCUUACACCAUAAUACUACAUGACACUACAUAAUAGAGUUAGAUGAUACAUAAUGGAAAAAGACAAUGUUUUCCCUCUCAGAUCAGGAAAGAGAUAAGAAUGUUUACUCUUGAUACUUCUAUUAAACAUUAUACUGGAAGUUCUAUCUAGGGAAAUCAGUCAAGUAAACAGAAGGCAUCAAGAUUGGAAAGAAAGAAGUAAGUUAAUGAUAUUUUCGAUAAUAUGUUGUAUAUAGAAAAUUCCAAGGAAUUCACUAAAAGCCUAUUGGAACUAUAAAUGAGUUCAGCAAGGUUGAGGAUCAAUUAAUGAUUGAUUUUUCUGUUAAUUACAAAAAUCACUUAUUUCUAUGUUGUACCAAUUUCUGUAAGUGAAAUUAAGGAAACUUUCAUUUUUAAUAAAAAAUUAUUCAAAAUGAAUUUUUAAAAAUGAAUUUAAACACAUGCAAAAAUUACACUCUGGGAAGUUAUAAAAUAUUGUUGAAAGAAAUUAGGAAGAGCUAAAUAAAUGGAAAGACAUCCAUGCUUGUGAUUAGAAAACUUAAUACUGUUAAGAUGACAAUACUGACCAAGUUGACUUACAGAUUCAAUAGACAAACUAAUUCUAAAAUUGAUGUGGAGUGCAAAGGACCCACAAUAGUUAAAAUAUUUUGAAAAAGAGCAAAAGUGGAUUAUUCCUCCUUCCUGACUUCAAAACUUACUAAAAAUCUAUAGUAAUCGAGUCUACGUGGUACUGGCAUAAGAUUGUACAUACAGUUCAAAGGAAUAGAAUUAAGAGUCCAGAAAUAAACCUUCACAUUUAUGGCAAAUUGACUUUCAACUUGAGUGUCAAAUUCACUCAAUGAGGAAAGAAUAGUCUUCAACAAAUGGUGCUGGUACAACUGGACACCUACAUGCAAAUGAAUGAAGUUGGACUUGUUCCUUACAUUGCACACAAAAUGAACUCAAAAUGGAUCAGACUUAAAUGUAAGAGCAAAAACUGUAAAACUCUUAAAAGUAAAUCUAGAAGUAAAUCUUCAUAACCUUGGGUAAGGCAAAGACUUCUUAGACAUUAUACCAGAAGCUCAGUGACAAAAGAAAAAAUAUAUAAAUUGAACUCCAUCAAAAUUAACAUCUUUUUGUGUUUUUACAGGACACUAUCAAGAAAGAAAAAGCCUACAGAUUCGGAUAAAAUAUUUGCAAAUUCUAUAUCUGAUAAGGAACUUGUAUUCAGAAUAUAUAGGAAAAAACUUUUACAACUCAAAAAGAAAACUAAUUUCUAUAGUGGGCAAAGGAUCUGGAUUGAAAUUUAUCCAAAGAAGAUAUACAGGUGGUCAAUAUAUACAUAAAAAUCAACCACAAUGAGAUGCCAGUACAAACUGUCUAGAAUGGCUAUUAAAAAAAAAGACACAUACGUAUUGAUAAGGAAGUGGAGAAAUUGGAAUCCUCAAGCAUUGCUGGUGGGAAUGUAAAAUGAUACAGCUGCUUUGGGUAAUAGUUUUGCAGUUUCUCAAAUGUUUAAACAAAGUGUAACAUAUACUCGAGAAAUGAAAACAUCUGUCCCCCAAAAUUAUAAAUGUUCAUAGGAACAUUAUUUAUAAAAACCAAAAACUGGGAACACCCAAAUGCUCAAUGGAUGACUAGAUAAAAAUUAAAUGUGGCAUAUCUAUACAAUGAGAUAUUUGGCAUGUACAAUUAUUUCAUUCCUUGCCAAAUAUCUCAUUGUGUAUGGAUAUCCAUACAAUGAGAUGUUAUUUGGCAAGAAAAGGAAUGAAAUAAUGAUUCUUGCUAUUACUUGGAUGAAUCUUGGAAACAUGAUAAGGGAAAGAAGUCAGCUUAAAAGACCACACAGUGUGUGACUCCAUUUAUGAGAAAUGUUCAGAACAGGCAAAUCUAUAGAAACAGAGUAGAUUAACAGUUUCCUAGGGUUAAGGGUUUGGGGGAAAAUAGAGAAUGACUGUUAAUGAGUGUGAGUUUCUUUUAAGGUUGAUGUUCUAAAAUUGAUUUUGUGUCGAUAGUUGUACAACUCUGUGAAUCCACUUAAAAUUAUUGGAUCGUAUAUUUUAAAUGGUUAAAUAGUAUGAUAUGUGAAUUAUAUCUCAAUCAAAUGGUUUUUAAAAAACAUUUGGAGCAUUUUGGGGCAUUUUUGAGUAUUUAUAAUUUGUAGAUACAAAAACAUGGUAUUGGUUAUUUUCUAUCCACACUACUUGUUAAAAUAUGUUAGUAAAUCAUGUUUCCUGGGGAAAAAAAUGAACAUAUGACAUGACACAUUGAAAUGACUAAAAUCAGAGUGACAAAAUAAAGCAUUGGCACAGAUGUGGAUCAAGAGGAGUUCUCAUAUUGCUAAUGGGAUAGCAAAAUAGGACAGCAUCUUUGAGAAAUGGUUCGACGUAUCAUAUGAAGUUAAGCAUACACUUGUACUAUGACCCAUAAAUUUCACACCCCUAUAUUUACCUAAGACAAAUGGAAAUCUAUGUUUGCACAAAGACUCAUAAGUAAAUAUUUAUUAUAGGCCAAAACUGAAAACCAUUAAAAUGUUUAUCGAGUAGUGAGUAUACCAACAGUUGUAAAUCUACACAGUGGAAUAUAACUCAGCAAUAAAAGAAAUGACUACAUAAACAUAAAACAUUUUGCUAAGUGAAAUGACUGCAUGCUACACAUAGUUAUAUUUAUGUGAAAUUCUAGAUAAGGAAAAACUAUAGUGACAGAAGUGAGAUCUGUAGUUGGGGGCAUGCUGUCAGGGGAGGUCAUUGACUGUAAAUAGGCAUAAGGGAUCUUCUUGGUUCAAGAAUAUUCUACAUCUUGAUUUGGUCAUAAUCCAAAUUAUGUCUCUAUCUUACUUAAAAUGGUUCUCCAUUGUCCACAGAAUUAAUUUCAACUUACUUAAUAUGGCAUUAAACCCAUUUAUGAUGUCAAUACCAUCUCCUCUGGAAGUCUUUUAAGUUACCUAUUCAUCAGUACUUCAACAGUAGGAGGAACUCAAGAUUCUUUACUCAUGGAACAGGAUGCACACCACGAGUUAUAAGAUUUUCCCUGGGCAGUUAAUUUGGGAGUCUGCCAGAUGUGGCCUGCAGAUUAUCACUUCCAUGACCCCUCUAUCUGUUUGUGCUCACAUAAUUCCAUUAUGAAAUAUAUAAAAUUGAAUUAAUAGCUAAUUUCUUUUGAGUGCUGAACAAUGUUCUACUGGCUGCAUGUACCAUCAUUUAUUUAUCCAUUCACCUACUAAAGGACAUCUUGGUUGAUUCAAAGUUUUGGGAAUUAUGAAAAAAGCUGCUAUGAACAUCUUUGUGUACAUUUUUGUAUGGACAUGUAUUCAACUCCUUUGGGUAAACACCAAUGGGCACAAUUGCUAAAUCAUGUGAUGGAAACAAUUUGCCUAUUUGUGUGGUCGGACCAAGUUCUUCUGAUGGUCUUCUUUCUGUACGUUGCCGUCAGUGAUCAAAGUAAAUGAGCCAUCAUAAGGAUGCAGAAAAUACGGAGACUGCAUGACUUGCAAUAAGAAUGUGGGAAUAAGUGCUUCUUCUCUUCACACAAAACUUUUAAAAAACGUGUUUUUACCAAUGAUUUCAGGAUUAAAUGAAUGGAAUAGUUCUGAAAUAAAUAUAGAUGAAAGAAAGAAAAUGCAAGGAGAAAAUUUCACCAUUUGGAGCAUUUUUUUCUUGGAGGGAUUUUCCCAGUACCCAAGGUUAGAGGUGGUUCUCUUCAUCUUCAGCCUUGUAAUGUAUCUGACAACCCUCUUGGGCAACAGCACUCUUAUUUUAAUCACUAUCCUAGAUUCACGCCUUAAAACCCCCAUGUACCUAUUCCUUGGAAAUCUCUCUUUCAUGGAUAUUUGUUACACAUCUGCCUCUAUUCCUACUUUGCUGGUAAACUUGCUGUCAUCCCAGAAAACCAUUAUCUUUUCUGGGUGUGCUGUACAGAUGUAUCUAUCCCUUGCCAUGGGCUCCACAGAGUGUGUGCUCCUGGCCGUGAUGGCAUAUGACCGUUAUGUGGCCAUUUGCAACCCGCUGAGAUACUUCAUCAUCAUGAACAGGCGUGUCUGUGCACAGAUGGCCAUGGUCUCCUGGAUGAUGGGUUGCCUGACUGCCCUGCUGGAAACCAGUUUCGCCCUGCAGAUUCCCCUCUGUGGGAAUCUCAUUGAUCACUUCACCUGUGAAAUUCUGGCAGUGCUAAAGUUAGCUUGUGCAAGUUCACUGCUCAUGGACAUGAUCAUGCUGGUGGUCAGCAUUCUCUUGUUGCCAAUUCCAAUGCUCUUAAUUUGCAUCUCUUACAUCUUCAUCCUUUCCACUAUUCCGAGAAUCAGCUCAGUAGAGGGAAGAAACAAAGCUUUUUCUACCUGUGGUGCCCAUUUGACUGUGGUGAUCUUGUAUUACGGGGCUGCCCUCUCUAUGUACCUAAAGCCGUCUUCAUCAAACUCACAAAAAAUAGACAAAAUCAUCUCGUUGCUUUAUGGAGUGCUUACCCCUAUGUUGAACCCCAUAAUUUACAGUUUAAGAAACAAGGAAGUCAAAGAUGCUAUGAAGAAACUGCUGGGCAAAAUCCCAUUGCAUCAAACACACGGAUGUCUCUGAUUGGGUCACUAUGGUUUUACCAGAGCUGCGCCCCUGGCAGAGCUCACCAGAGAAAUUCUAGACCAUAGACAACCUCUUAGAAUUCUGAUUGGAUAUUAUCUCUCUAUAAUUUCACAGUUAUGAGAUGCAUACACAGAGUGAUUGCCUAUUAACAAUAGUAGGUUUCAAUUUGCAUUUGUUAAUAUUUCCUUUUUGUGUUUUGUGGUUGUGAGGUUUUCAGUUGUAAAGUCAUCAAAUGUGCGCUCCUGAAGAAAUCUUGUGUAUCUUGUAUGCUUUAUUCUUUUCUCAAAUGAGGUGGGAGCAUAAAGAAACAAAUGAAGACUGGCCUUGAUUAUGCAACUGAGAAAACAGAAUUUAACAACGUAAAAGACUAGCUCAACAUCACACAAUUGUAGAACAGGGACUCUGACAUCCUUCUGAUUUCUUGGCCAGAGGUUGUUCUACCACAUCGUAGUGGCUUUCAAAUUACCCUUCAUUAUUCAAAACUCCUGAUUAAAAUUCCUUAUCUCCCUGAGUAAAACAUUCAAUGAUGCCUACUUGAUUUUUCCACUUUCCGCCUUGCUUUUCUAAGCUCAUAAAUACUUGUGCAAAUAUCUGCUUUUAUGCCAGUAUACUACCUAUGCACUAACUAAGUCUUUUUCAUUUAUGUUUGUCUUUUUUCUUCAUUGGAUGAUUGACUUCACAGGGACAAGUGUUUCUGUUAUUUUGUACCUUUUCUGUUUACAGCAGUCAUUUAGUAAGUUAAUAUAUUUGUCAGCUUUACACCAGUCACUUUAUUUGAGAAGAAAGUACCACUUGUGAAAAUAUAAAGAUGAAACAAGGGCAGUAAGGUGUAUUGCUUUAUAAAUAUUUAAACAUUAUAGAGACAAUGUUUAUGUUAGUUGUUUUAAAUCUUUUAUUCACAUAUAAACAUUGCUUGUUAAAAAUGCCUUCACUUCCAGAUAUUCUGAUUCAGUGACUCUAGGGUGGUUCCUCAAUAAUCUGUAGUUAUAGGUGGAGCCUCAAGAAAUUCUGAUAUAGGUUGGGCAGUGACCAUACAUUGGGAGACAUUAUUUCCAGCAAAAAAUUAUCUUUCAAAAAGAGGCCGGGUGUGGUGGCUGAUGCCUGUAAUCCCAGCACUUUGAGAGGCCGAAGCAGGUGGAUUACGAGGUCAAGAGAUUGAGAUUAUCCUGGCCAACAUGGUGAAACCCCUUCUCUACUAAAACUAUAAAAAUUAGCUGUGCAUGGUGGUGCAUGCCUGUAAUCCCAGCUACUUGGGAGGCUGAAGCAUGAGAAUGGCUUGAACCUGGGAGGUGGAGGUUGCAGUGAGCAGAGAUUGUACCAUUGCACUUCAGCCUGGCAACAGAGCGAGACUUCAUCUCAAAAAAAAAAAAAGGAAAAUGAAAUUAAUUCUUUUUUCCUUUUUAAUUUAAUUUUUAUUUUUUUCCCUUAAUUCUUUCUGCCUCCAGGUGUACCUUCUUACUUGUCUAUCUCUACUUCUAAAGUAAGGAAGGGAAGAGGGUUUUGACUGGAGGAAUGUAAACUUAUGGGACAAAUUAAAAACAUAAAAUACUUUAAAACAUUUAGUAUUAGUUGAGUUUUGGAUUACUUAACUCUUAGAACUUCCUUUAGAUCUAGGACUUCUGUUACAUGUUCCUAGAUGUGUAACCUACAUACAAAGAAACUUGAACCCACCUAUAAAGAAACUCGAAACCAUAUAAAAAAUUUGGGAGAUGAAGCAACAAAAAUUUUUUUAAAUUUGAGACAGGGUCUCACUCUGUCACCCAGGCUGGAGUGCAGUGGCAUGAUCUCAGUUCACUGCAACUGCCACCUCCUAGGUUCAGGUGAUUCUACUGCCUCAGUCUCCUGGGUAGCUGGGAUUACGGAUGUGUGCUACCACGCCUGGCUAAUUUUUUAAUAUUUUUAGUAGAGGUGGGGUUUUACCAUGGUGGCCAGGCUGGUCUGACCAACUUGAAUUCCUGACCUCAAGUGAUCUGCCCGCCUUGGCCUCCCAAAAUGCUGGAUUACAGGCAUGAACCAACGUGCCCGGCCAACAAUGGGACAAAUUUGAUGCCAAAUAUUGCUGCCAAGAGAUGUUUGAUAGUAGAGAAUGGAAUUAAGCUCUGAGUAAUGGUUUUGGAAUGUAAGGGAAAGCUGACUGGGCAGCAUUUAUCCUAGAAGUAACUAUCUUUCUUCCUAGAUACACAACCUUCCCAAUGCAACUGCCACAAUCAUUGCCUGGCAAUUUCAGUGUUACAGUAUAAUUUUAUAGUAGGCUUUUAUUCGAGUAGAGCUAAAUUUUAUGUUAUAAUAGAACUGAAUUGCCUGCUUUCUGGAAUUUGUUAUGUGUGGUUCCAAACAUAAACAGGAAUAACUAGAGCUAUAGAAAUAGCUAAAAGCUUUACUUCAAAGAGGGAACUAUGAAACCUUGGAGACACAGACCAAACACCCUCUGUAGUCAGUCUGUCAGCUUUGACACAAGAAACUGAGCAUAUUGGCACAGAACCAAGUGUUUUAGAAUGGUAUAUGGACCAGAAUGGAACAGCAAAACAGAUGAGAACCCAGAUGUCAGAAGAGGACCCAGAGCAGAACCUCGGUGAGAAUCUCCUUGCAGGUCUUGGCUAAGACAUUAGUAGUUACAGCUAUAUGUUCCAUAACAUUGCUGUGUACAACAAUCUAUCUAUCUAUCUAUCUAUCUAUCUAUCUAUCUAUCUAUCUAUCUAUCUUUGCAUGCUUUAUAUAUAUAAUAUGCAAUAGUAAAGUUAAUUAUUGGUAAAACGGUGCAUUCCUUUCUUUGGAUUAGAUUCUAUCUCAAUCAACACUAAUUUCAAUUGUUACUUUUCUAAAGCCUCAGAUAAGGGAUCCUUUUGAGGUACUGUUUAAGAGAGGAAUAUAUUUGACAAAGAAGGUAGAACUACCUCUGAUAGAGAACCAAUUCCUGCAUGAAGGAUUAUGUGACUAGAUUUAUGCUUUAGAAAAAUCUGAUUAUGCCACUUCUCUACUUAAAUCCCUUAGCACUGUUUCACUGCCCUAACAUUUUAAGUCCUUAAGAUGACAUGCAAAAACUUUCAUAAUCUGAUUACUCACCAUUCAUAGCUUUUGCUUUAAGCACACCAGAAUUCUCUUGUUUCAACAGAAUUCUCUUGUUCCCUCCUUCCUUCCCUUCCUUCCUUC